UCGUCGCCCCUUAACCACCACAAUGCAUGAAUCCUUCACCUUCUUCUUCUACGUAUAUAUACAAGCCAAUGUCAGUCAUCCAUUGCACAAUGCACCUUCAUCCAGCAACCAUGGCCGCACAACCCAAGCUCCUCCAAGCACUCCUCUUCCUUCUCCUCCUCUCCUUCACCGCCGUCUCCGCCGCGCAGCUCGAAGAAGCCGAGGCGCCACCACCGCGCCCGCCGCCGCCGCCGCCAUCGACGACACCCCCAAACCUGACCCUCCACAACAUGUGCCCAUACACGAUCUGGCCACUCAUCACCCCCAACUCCGGCCUCCCAUCCCUCCUCCCUUCCGACUCCGACGACGAAAACUCCUUCACCCACCUUGCCAACGGCGCCCUCCUCACCCUCCCCUUCCCCGCCGGCCAGGCCUGGUCCGGCCGCAUCGUGGCGCGCACCGGCUGCGUCAGCGUCGGCCCCUACGCCUCCGACCCGGACUCCGAGCUCUUCGCCGCCACCCGCUGCGCCACGGGCGACCCGCCGGAGCCGGUCACGGUGGCUCAGGUCAGCGUCGGCAGCGCCGACGGGAUCGCCGCGUACAGCGUCAGCCUCGUCGACGGGUUCAACGUGCCUCUCGUUGUGACGCCCGACGGAAGCUUCGUCUCCGGCUCCGGCGGCGGGUGCCCGACAUUGGGCUGCGCCGCUGACCUUGAAGCUGUUUGUCCGGAGGACGCUAAGGCUCCUGGAGGAGGGUGCAGGGCGGAGGAUGAGGGUGUCAGGGAGUUGUUCAAGCGGCGUUCGCCGGUGUUCAUCGGCCUGCUCGCCGUCAUGUCCGUCGCCGUCGUCCUCCUCCUCCACCACUGCGUCCUCGUCACCUGCUGGAACCGCCGCCAACGCCUCUCCUCCCCCGCCGCAAAUCAGCAGCCGGACCAUAGCGUGAGCUUGGAUUUGGACCUCCUGUCCUCGUCCUCGCGGGCGGCGCUAAUGGCGAAGGCGGCGGUGGUUUGCCGGAAGUACGGGGCGACGGAGGAGUGGGCCGGGGAGCCGACGUGCCCGGUGUGCCUGGCGGAGUUCGCCGACGGCGAGGAGGUGCGCGUGCUCCCCGAGUGCUCCCACUACUUCCACGGCGACUGCAUCGACACGUGGCUCGCCGCCGCGGACAACCCCAGCUGCCCGCUGUGCCGCGCCGAGACGACCCCGACGCCGACGCACACGCCGAGUCCGGCGGGGAGCUCGUCGCUGAGGGCGCAGAUGUCGCUCUCCGUCUCCCUCGAGGACAUCCUCGUCCGCACGUAGCAGCAGUGGUGGCGGCGCGUCGACACCGGAGCGGAGGAAGAAGAAGAAGCAGAGUACACAACAGAUUGCUCUGUUUUUUGA